AUGGCAGACCCGGAUUCGGCCGCGGUUUCAAGUCGUCUCAAUGCUGGACUCGUCGGGGACAGAGGUUCGGGGACGACUUCGCACUCGACAUCGUACCCCGCCGCAGUAUCGCACCCCAACAGCGUGAACCGCCCUGCCGCGCCGCCGACAGGAACUCUCUCCGACACAAGGUCUUCUGCCCCGGACGACGCUACUCGCUUCUACCCCAGCACUUCAGGCUGCAAUGUAACGGGGCGUGACUUUGAUUCCGGCGACUCGCAGCGAACCGGUUAUCCCGCAUCUACCUCGCUCGAGCAUCACCAUCCCGCUGGCGUCAUUUACCCUGCCCAAUUGCCCAACUCACACGCGCUCGCGCUCUCUCGAAGCAAUUCCCAAGGCACCGGCAGCCUCACCAACGGCUCCGGCGUCGAUCCCGUGUUUACCCCGCCCGCAAGCGGUGGCAGACUGAGUCCGGGCGGCGGCCACAACUCGAGUAGCCAGGAGUCACAAUUGCUACAGCUGUCCCAGAUUGCUGCCGCCCAAGAGAGGAUACCGGAAGACACGGUUGACAUGGCGAACGGCGCCUCAAGGAAGCGCAUGGCAGACGGCGAGGUCAAGCACACUCGAGACAAGUCAAAUGUGUCUCCGGGGCAGAUGGCCGGCCACUCAAGGAAUACCAGCACCGUCAGCGCGGCGUCGACAUCCGCUAGUCGCAUUGGAGAGCUGUCUGCCGAGCUCAGGGCUCGGUUGUCCUACGCUAUGGUCAAGGUCAAUCACGGAUGGCAAGGCCAUUCCAUUGACCAAGUCGAGUCGCUGGCUUCGCAGGCGGCGUCUCCGGUCUCCAGCGCCUCCACAAUACACCUGAGGAAUGGAUCCUCGGCUAGCCCUCAACUGUCGACAGUUUCCCAUCGGGCCAGCAACAACACCACUCCGGCUACGGGCCCUCAACACCCCUCUUCUGGGCGACCCGAGGAUCUGCAAUGGAGAGAGCCCACCCCACGCGGAAGCUCAGCAUCCCCUGUCAAGAGCAAUCACGGCCUCGCUCCACCAGUGUCCAUCCAGCCAUCACAACAAGUAGGCAACCCCCGUCGGGAACACAACCCACGGCACGUCCCGUCGUUCCUCUCAACAUCUCACCAGACCUCGCCCCGCGCAAACGACCUUCGCGCCAGCCCCUAUCUUCCCCCCGGCCGGCAUCGCAGCGCGAUGUCCGAAGCCAUGCUCGUCUCCCCACACACCAACGUGCGCGAGCAGGACGCAAUCGAGUCACUUCUCUUUAUGAGCAGCCCGGGCAACCCAGCCAACUUGAAGCACGCCUUCCCCCUCACCUCGGCCUCGCAGCCCUUGACCUCCUCCAGCCACGCACCUCCGCAACAACGAACGGCCUUGCCGACCUCCCAACCGCGUAAGACUCUUCCCUCAGGUCGCCCGCCACACCACGCCCGCUCCCAGUCCCAUCCCCACUCCCAGCCAACCACAUCCAAACGCGUCGGCUUCGAACUUAAGUCCCCCUCAGCCAUGGACAUGGACGACGGCCCUCUCUAUACAGGCGGUGGCGCGGGCUCGCCCAUGUCCGGUGUAUCUCGGGGCACGCCCCUCCGCAAAAGACUCAACGGCGGGACUCACCACCACCACCACGGCGGUAGCGACACUUAUCACUCUUAUCAGCCGCAUGGCCAUGCCGCCCAGACGACGGGGCUGACGCCCCGGUUGAAACAGAUGCCUGUCUCGGCCGGACUGACAGUGCAGCCCUCGAAGCCGAGGCCGGCGCUGGCGGAUGACGAGAUUGAUCGCAUGCUGGACCGGGCGGCGGCUGCGGCGGACGAGGAGUCGGAUUCCGAAGGGGAGAUUGAGUUGCCUCCUGCUCCUGGGCGGAGUAGUCGGCCCGGGGCGGGCCCGGCGAGGAAGGAUGGAGUUGGGGUUGUGGAUGUGGGGGUUUAG